AUGAAUUCUUUACGAUUACUCGUGUCUUGCGUACUGAUUAGCCGUUGCUGGUCUACGGAGGAACCGACCUUCCCACCUUGGUUCAAGUUCGGAGUAGCUACUGCUGCAUACCAGGUUGAAGGUGCUUGGAAUGUUAGCGAUAAGGGUGAAGGUGACUGGGACAGACUCUUCCACGUGCAUCCUGAAUUGAAGGGACAUCCCAAUGGAGACGUGGCAUGUGACUCCUACCACCUGUGGCGGAGGGACAUUGAGAUGUUAGAGGAACUAGGAGUCGAUAUGUACAGAUUCUCCAUAUCCUGGCCUCGUUUGCUUCCCACUGGGUUUCCGAACCACAUCAGCCAGGAUGGCAAGAACUACUACAACAACCUGAUCGAUGGUCUGGUGGAGAAGGGGAUUGAGCCUCUAAUUACUUUAUACCAUUUUGAUAUGCCACAGUCUCUGCAAGACCUGGGUGGCUGGGCAAACCCGUUAAUAGUGAAUUGGUUCGAAGACUACGCGAGGGUCGUUUACACUUUGUUCGCUGAUCGUGUGAAGAUAUUUGUAACAGUGAACGAGCCUUUUAUCAUCUGCGAACUAGGGUACAGCAAAGGUCAUGUACCUUAUCAUCAGGACCAGGAUGUGGGGAGGUUUCUGUGUAACAAAAACACUUUGCUGGCUCACGCUAAGGCCUGGAGGCUAUAUGAUGAGGAGUUCAGGCCUUUGUAUCAUGGAAAGGUCUCAUUAUCGAACCUUUUCAUUUGGUUCGAACCCGCUACCCCUGCGGACAAGGAACUGACUGAACUAGCACUCGAACAUUGGGAAGGCCGCUACGGUCACCCCAUCUACUCCAAAGAAGGGGGUUGGCCGCUCAAAAUCCAGAAGUUCUUGAAUGAUAAGGCUAUGAAAGAAGGCUACCCUUAUCCUAGGAUGAUACCUUUUACUCCUGAAGAAAUUGAAUUGGUUAGAGGAACAUACGACUUCUACGGUUUAAACCACUAUACAACCUUCUUGGCACGUCGAGCCAGACCUGGUGAGAAGAUUGGACGCUGGCCGCUGUACGGCUCCGAAGAGCUGGGCAUGGUGAUGGAGGGCGACCCAUCCUGGACUACCGGGGAAGUGGAUUGGUUCACGAUGCAUCCCGAAGGCGUAAGAAGACAGCUACACUGGUUGAACGAUACUUAUGGAGUAAAGGAGAUAAUAAUCACAGAAAAUGGAUACAUUAAAGUGGACAAACAACUCAAUGACUGGAGCAGAUUGAAAUAUACUAAGGAUUAUUUAGAACAGAUACUGCUUGCUAUCAACGAUGGGAUCAAUGUCACUGGAUACACUCACUGGUCGUUGAUGGACAAUUUCGAAUGGAUGGUUGGUUAUAAUGUAAACUUCGGACUGUAUUCAGUGGACUUCAAGGAUCCGAAUCGCACCCGAACACCACGGGAGUCAGCUCGGUACUAUUCUAAAGUAACGAGAAGUCGGUCUGUUAACCAUCGACAUAUUGGACUAAAUUACGUUUAA